UCGUUUGAAGCAGAGAGGGAACGUUUGAACGUUGUGCACGGACAAGAGUGAGGCUACGGCGUCGUGGAAUUAAUCAAAACCUCUCAACAUGAUAAGGCAAACGAAGGUCAAGACCCCCCGCCGCCCUGCUCCGAAGAAGCCAUCCAACACCCAGAAAGACCCUGUUGGGGUGUAUUGUCGUGUGCGACCACUCGGUGCAGAGGAUGAGGAAUGUUGUAUUGAGGUUAUAAGCAACACCACCAUUCAGUUGCAUGCCCCUGAUGGCCUCAAAGCCAACAGAAAUGGUGAAUACAAAGAGACACAAUAUUCCUUCAAAAAAGUAUUUGGAAUCAAAACAACACAGAGAGAGUUAUUUGAAGAUGUUGCCAAACCUCUAGUGGAAGACCUAAUUCACUGUAAAAAUGGUCUGCUGUUUACCUAUGGUGUCACUGGCAGUGGUAAAACUCACACAAUGACUGGCUCACCAGGCCAAGGUGGGCUGCUUCCACGUUCACUUGACAUGAUCUUCAACAGCAUCGGUCCCUACCAGGCCAAGAGAUUUGUUUUCAAGCCUGAUGAUAAAAACGGCAUGGAGGUGCAAACUCAGGUGGAUGCACUCUUAGACCGACAGAAACGAGAUAGUCAGACAAGUGUACCGAAAACCCCGUCAAGGCGAAUAUUAGACCCAGAGUUUGCUGAUAUGAUCAGCCCAGAGGAGGCUUAUAAGGCAGAUGGGGUGGAUGAGGAUAGCAGCUACAGUGUCUUUGUCUCUUACAUUGAGAUUUACAACAACUACAUCUAUGAUCUCCUGGAGGAAACUCCCUUUGACCCAAUAAAGCCCAAGUGGAAUGGUGCAGGCACACCUCUACGACACAACACUGAGUUCAUACCACCGCAAUCCAAAAUCUUGCGUGAAGAUCAAAAUCACAACAUGUAUGUAGCCGGUUGCACUGAGGUUGAGGUCAAGUCAACAGAGGAAGCUUUUGAAGUCUUUUGGAGAGGUCAGAAGAAGCGCAGGAUUGCAAACACACAGUUAAACCGUGAGUCCAGCCGCUCUCAUAGCGUGUUCAUUAUUAAGUUGGCGCAAGCACCUCUGGAUGCAGAUGGAGACAAUGUGCUUCAGGAUAAGAAUCAGGUGAACGUGAGUCAGCUAUGUCUUGUGGAUCUGGCUGGCAGUGAACGCACUAGCAGAACCCGAGCAGAGGGCAGCCGUCUUCGUGAAGCAGGUAACAUCAAUCAGUCUUUAAUGACACUACGCACAUGUAUUGAGGUUCUGAGAGAGAACCAGAUGUGUGGCAUGAACAAGAUGGUUCCAUACAGAGAUUCCAAAGUGACCCAUCUAUUCAAAAACUAUUUUGAUGGAGAAGGCAAAGUGAGAAUGGUAGUUUGUGUAAAUCCAAAGGCUGAUGAUUACGAGGAGACAUUGCUUGUGAUGCGCUUUGCUGAGAUGACUCAGGAGGUGGAGGUGGCCCGGCCUGUUGACAGACCCAUCUGUGGCUUUGCAGCUGGUCGCCGACAGAGGAAUCAGGCUUUUAAAGAGGAGCUGACCCACAGACUGGAGGAACGUGGUGGUCCUGUAGAUGGAGAGUCUCAAACAGUAUUGAGCCAGCUGCUGCAGUCUUUUCCUCCACUGCCUCCCUGUGAGAUCUCUGGCCCUAAUGAUGAUGUUACUCUACCCAAGCUCAUAGAGGCCCUGGAGAAGAGACACAAGAUUCGCCAGAUGAUGAUCGGCGAGUACAAUAAAACUGCCAACAUGCUAAAAUCCAUCCUUCAAGAGCAGGACAGCAAUGUUCUUUCCAAAGAGAACUUCAUCCAAGAACAGCGUGGAAAGCUUGGUGAAAAGGACAAGAUGAUCCAGAACCAGAAGAAUGAGAUUGAUCGGCUGGAAAAGAAAUCCAAGAUGCUGGAGUACAAGAUUGAGAUCCUGCAGAAAACGACCAACAUCUAUGAGGAGGACAAGCGAUCUCUACGGCAUGAACUGGAGAGCAGAGAACAGCGGCUGCAAAGGGAAGUGUCCGAUAAGAGACGCAUGGAAGCACGCAUGCAGGGCAUCGUCACUGAUGCCAAGCUCAAGUGGGAGAAGGAGUGUGAGAGACGGGUAAAUGCCAAGCAGUUGGAGAUGCAGAAUAAGCUGUGGGUGAAGGAUGAGAAACUAAAACAGCUUAAAGCCAUUGUGACGGAGGGAAAGACAGAGAACCGGCAACCACAUCGGCCAUCCAGAGAAAAGGACAAAGAUCCCCCAAAGAGAUCCGCCUCCCCGUCACCUGUUCCUUCUCCCUACAAUGGCUCCCAGCCAUCCCUCUCCUCCCUGGAGCCCAUGUAUAACUUCCCUCAGACAGUCAGGCCAGAUUUUCCCUUCCCCAGACCAGGCAGUGUGUCUGUGACCUCCUGCAUCUCUGAGUGGGAGCAGGGAGUCCCACAGUUUUGCAGGCAGAGUAGCCACUCACCUCCAGACAGAAGAAAGAGAGCUCAGGGCCUUCCCAGCACUCUUGAGAGGAGGAGAGGCAGGUGCUGGGUCAGAGACUGUGAGGUGCCUGUCCUGCCAGCAGAUGUAGACCUAGAGACAACUGGUCAAUGGACUGGGCCACCAGUUCGGCCUCUACACAGACGCUCGCACUCUGCAGGUGGGGAGAGGUGGGUAGAUCACAAACCCACUACCAAUGUAGACCUGGAUACAGUCAUGCAGCCGAACAUCCCCAACGCCAUCAAAGUGACUGCUCCCAGUGAGAAAGCUCUGUCCAAGUGUGACAAGUACGUUCUGACGCACCAGGAGGUGGCCUCCGAUGGGGAGAUUCAGACGAAGCUAAUCAAGGGUGAAGUGUUCAAGACCAGAGGUGGAGGACAGGCUGUUCAGUUCACAGAUAUUGAAACACUCAAGCAAGAGAGUCCUAUUCCAGCCAGCCGAAAGAGGCGAUCAGCAGAGACUGGCCCAGCCCAGGAGGGUGAGCCUAUGGAGGGAGACUGGACUGAUGUGGAGACCAGGUGCUCUGUUGCUGUUGAGAUGAGAACUGGCUCAAACCUGGGACCUGGAUACCAGCACCAUGGAUAUCCAAAACGCAAAAAGCCUUAAGACUGCCCUCGCGUUGCGAUCACAGACGAGUCCUUUCCUCUUGAAACCUCAUCACUGUGUGCAAUAGCACAAUCACUUUAUAAUAUUUAACUUUUUUUUUAAAUGCUUUUUUUUUUAUAUAUAUCACACGUUCACCAAAGCUGUUUUUAUACUGCAUUUUCUACCUGGGUGUUGCCAUGAAAAAUUCAGGUGUUCUGUAAACAUGGGUCUGGCCGUGUUUAAAAAAAAAAAAACACAAAGUAUUGCAAAUGUAGUAUUUCCUUGCUGUCCUUUUUAAGCACAUUAUUUGCUUGUAUCUUUUUUUAUAUAUAUAAUGAUUUGAUUUCCAUUUGGGCAGUUAGGACGAUCAACGCAUUUGCUGGUGUUACCUUAAAUUCUUCAGUCAAUGUAGUCUUUUGUUUUUUUUAAUGACUUCCAGUAGGCUGCAGCAGUACCUUGGAAAAACACUUUCCAUGUAGUUAUCUCACCUGUAUGAUAUUGUUGCAGACAAACUGUUAAUAAACAGAGUUGGAUGCUAUACUUGUUUGGGCUUGUAUUGUGGGUUAAAUUGUGUUUCCUAAAUGUAAAUUAACUAUGCAUGUUAUUCCUGUUGGAUCAUUGUAAUGGUGUAGUACUUUAUCCCAUUAGAACAUUUAAUGUAGUUGUAUAUGAGAGCAGUAGAUGGCAGCAGUGUUUAACUUAAGAUAUAGGGUACUUCAAUAUAUCCCAUAGUAAGGGAAACAGAUGGCCUCAUGCAUGUUAUUGCCUUACAUUAUAUUUGGCAUUUGAAAAUCUUGUGCUGUUGUCUAAUGCCAUAAAUAAUCCAUAGAUGGGUUUAAAGUCACAUUUGUCUUGGUAGUUGAUUUACUUGUCUGACGUGUUUGAAAGUGCAUGACACUGUGGAGACUCCCAUCACGGGAGGCUCAUGCUACCCUCCGCGAUCCACGCACAAAUGGCCAUGUGCCCCAUUGAGAGCGAGAACCCCUAAUCGCGACCACAAGGAGAUUACCCCAUGUGACUCUACCCUCCCUCGCAACCGGGCCAAUUUGGUUGCUUAAGAGACCUGGCUGGAGUCACUCAGCACACCCUGGAUUCGAACUUGCGACUCCAGGGGUGGUAGUCAGCGUCAAUACUCGUUGAGCUACCCAGGCCCCCCCACAUUGCUAUUUGACAUUCUGUAAAGGUUGUGUAAAAAAAUUAAUGUCCUCUGUGAAACAAAAAAUCUCAAAUUUUGAAGAAUGUCCUGGCCACUUUUAUAAUUCUAGUGAAUGAGGGUGUGGUUGUCAAGCUUCAAAAUGACAAUCUCAAGUAUCAUAAAAGUUGUCAAUUUGACUUUCAGCUAGUCGAAGUCUGCUGAAGCCAUGUUCCUUUUGUGAGAAACAGACCGAAAUAUACAUUUUUAUUCACUGAAGAUAUGCGUUCUUGUUCACCAUAGCGGGUUUAUAAAAGAACUAGUAAUGUCUGACUCAUGAACGUACUGUUGGACUUAUUUUUGUGAGUUCAACUCCCUAUUGACUCAAGGAUCCGGAUGCAGCGAUUUAACCAGUCCCUAA